GACCCUAUUUCCCUGUGCAGCUGCAAGGUCACUAGACAGAUAAACUCAAGUCAUAAAACAUGUUUUUCCUUGAAAAGAAAUGAUGUAAUGUAUGUCUCAAUUGAAUAACUGUCUUUGUUUCUUGCUUCUGUUAUAUGCUUCCCCCUGCACAAAUCUUCCCCCACCCACGAAAUGCUUAAAAGGUAACUUGACUCUUUGUUUGGGGCUCAGUCCUUUGGAUGUUAAUCCAAGUGGACCAGUGCACCUAAAUAAUAAAAAUCCUCCUCAACCCCUUGGUCUCUCUGAUUCCUUAUGUAUCCCGAUACAUUUCUGGGGGCUCAUCAGGAUUGGAGAUGACAGAUUUACUGUCCCCUUUGCCUGCGAUACUAGGUCCCCGGGGCCAGGAGAGACCCGGCAUCCAAGGUGUGCCACAGCUGAGCUUCACCCGGAUAUAGACCAGCUCUCCCCACGUCCCAGCACCCUGCCUGGCAGCGCAAUGGAACCAAGGAUGGGGCUGCAGGAUGAUACCAGCACUUCAGGAACUGUGGUGGAGAAAAAAGAAAGACCAGCAGAAAAGAAAAAAACUAGGAGAGGAAGUCAGAGGGAAAGAAAGCAAAAACAGCAAGCACAGAGCCAAACAGCCAGGCAGGCACGCCAAGGGGCUGGCAACCUUGUAGUAAAUGGGACCACAUCCCUUAAACUACCCAGGAGCAAAGCUGGACUUCCACAAAAAAGACAGAAUCUUGCUCCGCUGCCAAGGCUGGAGUGCACUGGUUCAAUCUCGGCUCACUGCAAACUCUGCCUCCCAAGUUCAAGUGAUUCUCCUGUGUCAGUUUCGUGUUUAAGAAAUAAGUAACAUAGCAGGGCGCGGUGGCUCAUGCCUGUAAUCCCUCACACCUACAAUCCCUCACGCCUGUAAUCUCAGCAGUUUGGGAGGCCGAGGUGGACAGAUUGCUUGCGGUAAGGAGUUUGAGACCAGCGUAGCCAACAUGGCGAAACCCCAUCUCUACGAAAAAUUAGCCAGGCAUGGUGGUGAGUGCCUGUAGUCCCAGCUACUUCGGAGGUGGAGGCCGAAGAAUUGCUUGAGCCUGGAAGGCUGAGAUCUCAGUGAGCCGAGACUGCCACUGCACGGGUGACAGAGCGAGCCUCUGUCUCAAAGAAAGAAAGAGUAUGUACCUGGAUAUGUAUUUUUAAAAUAAUGUAAAGAUUUAAAAAUAGUUCGAAGAACCUAAUUGUAUGGCUUUUGAAGCAACUAGAAGUAUGUUCUUUACAGAUGGUGGGAGUAAUGUUAUAUUAAGUUUGUGGAAGCUAUAACACUUAAGUGUUUAUAAGCAUGUUUAUAAGCUGGUGUUUACAAGCAUGUUUUUAUUUCCGAACAAAAUUCAAAGGAAGUUUGUCUUUGUAAAAAUUCAAAUGUGCACAGUUCUUGUUCCGCUCUGAAGAUAUUGGAAAUGUAUUGCUAAUACUGGUAAUAUAUAACAAUUUUUUUUAGGAAUAGAUGACUUAUUUAAUAGUUAUGUAUCUAAAUCUGAAUAUUUUCUAUAUAAUUUGUCUAUGGAAACAAAUAUUUAUACAAUUGUUCACAUAUUGCUCUUUUCUUUCUAAUGUUAUUCCUUCUAGGUAUAAAAUAUAGACGUUCUCAAGAAGAUUAGUGUUUGCAAUAGAAAGCUGGGCCAUUUGGCCACACCUGCAAAUGAUUACUGGUUUUGCGGGAGACUGCAAUCCAUAAAAAAUUACUGGCAGAGUUUGAGAAUUUGUAUAAGAAAACAAAUUUUAUGAGAUGCAAAAUCAAUACUAUUAUACUAAUUUAAAUUUUGUAAUAGCAAAGCUAAUUCUUGUUACUUUUCAGUCUUUCAAUUCACUAAGAUAAUGAGUGUUAUGCACUGAACACAUGCAAAUGUAUUGCUGUGACUGAAUGAAGAGGACAAAUUAACAAAGCAAUUCCAAGGCUCUGGAAAUUGAUCAAAGGCUAAUAAUCAUUUGUGAACUAUUUAUUCUUGGAAAAACUGCUAGAGAUUCAAGGAAGAGUGCAGCAAAUUUGUAGUAAGUUUACCUAGUGCUGCUCCCGUGCCUUCUGCCCACCCACCACACCCAGCACAGUGAGUGACAGUUGCAGUUUUUACAGCUUGGGGAAAAUCAACAGUGUGUUUUGCCACAAGGACAGACUUGAUGAGCAGUCAGAGGUUGGGGCAUAGUGUAACAGACCACUGCUUUUCAACUUCAAGUGCUGAAUUUUGCAGGAAAUGAAUGAGAAAACCCCAUUUUUUGUUGUUUUUUGUUUUUUUCAGUCUGAGGUGUAGUCUCCUCUGGGGCAAGAACAGUGCCAGCCAUAAAUAUAACAAAAUCCUAAACAUGAGAAUGCAAUAGACCUCAUGACAUUAGCCCUCUACAUAUUCUUUAAAUUUUUUUUAAAUUGACACAUUGUAAUUGUAUAUAUUUAUGGGGUACAACUUGAUGUUCAAUACAUAUAUAUGUUACAUUAAAUAAUCAAAUCAGGGUACUUAGUGUAUCCAUCUACCUCAUGUAUUUAUCAUUUCUUUGUGGUGAGAACAUUCAAAAGCCUCUGUUCCAGCUAUUUUGUAAUAUGCAAUAUCUUACUGUUAACCAUCAUCACCCUACUAUGCAAUAGAACAUAACUUAUUCCUCCUGCCUAACUAUAUAACUUUGUAACCAUUGACCAAGCUCUCACCAUGUCCCCCUCUUUUUCUCUCCUCCAGUCUCUGUUGACCACUGUUCUGGUGUUUUUCUGGUGAUCGCUCUGCUUCUAUAAUAUCAGCUCUUUUUUGCUUUAUUUCUACAUGAGUGAGAUUAUGUGAUAUUUGUCUUUCUGUAUCUGCCUUAUCUCACUUAACAUGAUGCUCAGCAGGUUCAUCCAUGUUGCAUAAAUGACAGGAUUUUAUUCUUGAUUAUUGAAAAAAAUACGCAUAUGUGUAGAGGAGACCAGGGUGAUUCCAGUAAAAAGUAAAAGCCCUUGGGAGGCCGAGGCGGGCGGAUCACGAGGUCAGGAGAUCGAGACCAUCCUGGCUAACACGGUGAAACCCCGUCUCUACU